AGAUCAAAUUCCUCAAAACUCAAAAAUCUCCGGCAUUCCUGAAAAGUUAUUUAGGGGUUGCCCUAAUUUUAUAAUUUGUAGUGUUGUAUUGAUUUUUUUGCCACCAUGGCGUACUGUAUGCGAGUUUUGCAUCGCCAAGGUAGCAAGUCUAGCAGCAUUUUCUUCAACGAAAUACAGUCAAGAUGCUUCCAUGUCUCUCCUUUAACCUCAGCUGCAGCAAGAGUUGCUAUGAGCAAACUGGACAAAGAACCUUUGCCUUAUGAUAAGCUAGCGAAAACCCUACAAGUGGUCAAGAAACGAUUGGGAAGACCCCUAACCCUUUCUGAAAAAGUGCUUUAUUCACAUAUUGAUCAGCCAGAUACACAAGAUGUGGACCGAGGUGUAUCCUACUUGAGACUGCGGCCCGACCGCGUCGCCAUGCAGGACGCCACCGCCCAAAUGGCCAUGCUGCAGUUCAUCUCGAGCGGUCUGAGCCGCGUGGCCGUGCCCAGCACCAUCCAUUGCGACCAUCUGAUCGAGGCGCAAGUGGGCGGCGUCGAAGAUCUGGCCAGGGCGAAGGACCUCAACAAGGAGGUUUAUAAUUUCCUGGCGUCGGCUGGAAACAAGUAUGGAGUCGGGUUCUGGAAGCCCGGGUCAGGCAUCAUCCACCAGAUCAUCUUGGAGAACUACGCCUUCCCCGGCCUCUUGAUGAUCGGCACCGAUUCGCACACCCCCAACGGCGGCGGUCUCGGCGGCCUGUGCAUCGGCGUGGGCGGCGCCGACGCCGUCGACGUCAUGGCCAGCAUCCCGUGGGAGCUGAAGUGCCCGAAAGUUAUCGGCGUCAGACUGACGGGUAAAAUGUCCGGCUGGACCUCUCCCAAGGACAUCAUCCUCAAAGUAGCCGACAUCUUGACCGUCAAAGGCGGUACCGGCGCCAUAGUCGAGUACCACGGGCCCGGAUGCGACUCGGUCUCGUGCACGGGAAUGGCCACCAUUUGCAAUAUGGGCGCCGAGAUAGGCGCCACGACGUCGCUGUUCCCCUACAACAGGCGCAUGUACGACUACCUGAAGGCGACGAACAGGGAGGAUAUCGCCAAGGAGGCGGAUAAGUACAGGGAGGUGUUGCUCACCCCCGAUCAAGGUGCCAAGUACGACCAGCUGGUCGAAAUCGACCUGGCCACUCUCGAGCCACACGUGAACGGCCCAUUCACCCCCGAUCUCGGCAACCCCAUCAGCCAAUUGGGCGCUAAAGCGAAGAAAAACAACUGGCCCGUCGACAUCAAGGUUGGGCUGAUCGGCUCGUGCACGAACAGCUCGUACGAGGACAUGGGCAGGUGCGCGAGCAUCGCAAAGGAGGCCAUGGCGCACGGACUCAAGUCGAAGGUGCCGUUCAACGUGACGCCGGGCAGUGAGCAGAUCCGGGCGACCAUCGAGAGGGACGGAAUCUCGAAGACGUUGAGCGAUUUCGGCGGAACGGUGUUGGCGAACGCGUGCGGUCCCUGCAUCGGCCAAUGGGACAGGCGGGACGUGAAAAAAGGCGAGAAGAACACGAUCGUGACGUCGUACAACAGGAAUUUCACCGGCCGCAACGACGCAAAUCCUGCCACGCACUGUUUCGUCACCUCGCCCGAGCUGGUGACGGCGCUCAGCAUUGCCGGCCGAUUGGACUUUAAUCCGCUCACCGACGAACUGGAAGGCGCCAACGGCAAGAAGUUCAAGCUGUCCCCGCCCUUCGGCGACGAGCUGCCCGCGGCCGGCUUCGAUCCCGGCCAGGACACGUUCGUGCAGCCCGUGGCUGACGGCAGCGCGAUGCGUGUCGACGUCGAUCCGAAGUCGCAGAGGCUGCAGCUGUUGCAGCCCUUCGACAAGUGGGACGGCAAGGACCUCGAGGACAUGACCAUUCUGAUCAAGGUGAAGGGCAAGUGCACGACGGAUCAUAUUUCGGCGGCGGGGCCGUGGCUGAAGUACAGAGGGCAUCUGGAUAAUAUUUCCAACAAUAUGUUCAUCAGUGCGACGAACGCCGAGAACGGGGAAAUGAACAAGAUAAAGAACGCACGCACCGGCGAAUGGGGCGCCGUGCCUGACGUGGCGCGCGACUACAAGGCCCACGGCGUCCGAUGGGUGACCGUCGGCGACGAGAACUACGGCGAGGGCAGCUCCAGAGAGCACGCCGCCCUCGAGCCGAGGCACCUGGGCGGGCGGGCCAUCAUCGUCAAGUCGUUCGCGCGCAUCCACGAGACUAACCUCAAAAAGCAGGGGAUGUUGCCGCUCACGUUCGCUGAUGCUAAGGAUUACGACAAGAUUCAGCCUUCGGAUAAGAUUAGCUUGAGGGGAUUGAAGGGGUUGGCUCCUGGGAAACCGGUGGAGUGUGAGGUUAAACAUGCUGAUGGGAGUGUGGACAAGAUCUUGUUGAAUCAUUCGUUGAAUGAUUUGCAGAUUGGGUGGUUCAGGGCUGGCAGUGCUUUGAAUCGGAUGAAGGAAUUGGCGGCGCAGAAGUGAGCGAUCGGUAUCUAGUUAUUAUUUGUUGUUUAAUUAUUUAGGUUACAACAUAAUUUUAUUCUGGUAAUUUUAUUUCAAAGUGAAUUUAGAUGUACACGAAUGUUUGUUGAGUCUUGUAGAUAAUUAUAUCGUAUUUAUAU